AAGGGAAAGAAAUUAUAGGAAUUAAUUACAAUGAAAAUUUACGUGUUUAUUUUUAUUUUAAGUUGUUAUAUGUUUGAGCACUCUUGUUCGUCUUCGUCAAAUUGGAAAGAAAUUAUCUUAAUCCGGCAACAAAUCCGUGAAAUAAAGUCGAUAAUUGAUAAUGCAUUAAUGCCUUUGAAGAUAAUGAUAUAUAAGAAGAGAACGUUAGAAGCUAUUGGUUGCUACAAAGAAGCAAAAUCAAAGCUAUCAGGCGUACGACAAAUAGGCUACAGCGGUGUAACGAUGUGCAUUAAAAAUUCAACAAAAGACGUAGCUGCUGGUAUAACUUGCGCAGUGAAUGUACAGCAAACCGUUCGAGAAACAUCCCGGGGUGUCAGUAUAGAAGCUGUUCAGUGUAUCAGCGAUCCAACUCGUGUCAUUGACGACCCGAAAACUCAUGUGUCAACUGCUAUUUUAAAAGAAAUAGACGUUGAAUGAAAAUGAGUGCAAUUCGAUAAAGUAAUUAUUAUUUUAAUACAAUGCAUUUGACAUUACUCCAUACGUUUAUACACAUCGUUAUUUGCAAAAAGUUGUUUGCUUUCA